AUGGCGGCCACGGCUGCAUCGCCAACUAGAACGAUCACAUUACAAGCUAAAACAACAAACUACAACCACAAGAACAUCUCCAACCACAGCAACCACAAGAACAUCUCCAAGUACAAUAAAAUCACGAACAUCUCCAAGCACAAUAAAAUCACGAACAUCUCCAAGUACAAUAAAAUCACGAACAUCUCCAAGCACAAUAAAAUCACGAACAUCUCCAAGCACAAUAAAAUCACGAACAUCUCCAAGUACAAUAAAAUCACGAACAUCUCCAAGUACAAUAAAAUCACGAACAUCUCCAAGUACAAUAAAAUCACGAACAUCCCCAAGUACAAUAAAAUCACGAACAUCUCCAAGUACAAUAAAAUCACGAACAUCUCCAAGUACAAUAAAAUCACGAACAUCCCCAAGUACAAUAAAAUCACGAACAUCUCCAAGUACAAUAAAAUCACGAACAUCUCCAAGUACAAUAAAAUCACGAACAUCCCCAAGUACAAUAAAAUCACGAACAUCUCCAAGCACAAUAAAAUCACGAACAUCUCCAAGUACAAUAAAAUCACGAACAUCUCCAAGUACAAUAAAAUCACGAACAUCUCCAAGUACAAUAAAAUCACGAACAUCUCCAAGCACAAUAAGAACAAGAACAUAUUUGAGUACAAGAAUAAAAACAAGAACACCUCCAAGUACAACAAAAAGUACAGCAUGGAACACAAGAACAUCAACAAGGACAACAAGAGGAUCAAGACUCUUCCAAAUACAAGAAAGAGAACAAAACACACGAACCAACAACAAGAAAAUCGGAAAACAAGUAAAGGCUGCAUUCAAGCAGAUCAAGGACUUCGACGGCCAGGUAAAAGAAGAUAA